GCACUUCUAAGAGAAGAUAAUUCUUUACGGAGUUGCCUUGCGGCAGGGAUUGAUUCCCAGAGCGGACUGCCUAAAGACCAAACGGGCACUUGGAUUCUAAAGAUUUUUUCGCGUAGAAAUGGAGGCUGAAGAGGAGCGCUUUCCUAGACUAAGGCAAGUUCUUCUCUUUGUUUUGCUGGCUCAUAGUUGCGCAGAGCAGGAAGAUUAUCGUAUUGCAGAAGAAACAGAGAGUGGUUCUUUUGUGGCCAAUCUAGCAAAAGACAUAGGGCUAGGGGUAAAAGAGCUCUCUUGGCGGAGGGCUCGGAUCAUUUUUAACGAUGACAAAAAACAUUUUCAGCUGAACCUUCAGACUGGAGAUUUACAAAUAAAUGAGAAACUGGAUCGGGAGGAACUGUGUGGCUCCAUUGAGCCCUGUGUACUGCAAUUCCAAGUGUUACUGGAAGAACCUUUGGAGGUAUAUAGGUAUAAGCUUUUGGUCAGUGACAUAAAUGACAAUUCCCCUGUGUUCCCAGAAUCAGAAAUGAUUUUGAAAAUCAUGGAAAAUACUCUUCCAGGGACUGUGUUUCCCCUGAAAAACGCACAAGAUUUGGAUGUAGGCAUCAAUAAUAUUCAAAACUACACCAUUUAUCCCAACUCCCACUUCCACGUUCUUACGCGCAAUAGCGGUGAAGGCAGAAAAUAUCCGGAACUGGUUUUGGACAAAGCCCUAGAUCGAGAGGAGCAGCCUGAACUUAGGUUAACUCUCCUGGCAGUAGAUGGUGGAGUUCCUCCCAAAACUGGGACUGCCUUGGUCCUCAUUGAUGUCCUGGACAUCAAUGACAAUGCCCCUGAGUUUGUGCAGCCACUCUAUCGUGCCCAGAUCCUGGAAAACAGUCCCCUGGGAUCUCUUAUUGUAACUGUUUCAGCUAGAGAUUUAGACACAGGAACAAAUGGCAAAGUAUUUUAUUCAUUUUUUUAUGGCGAUGAAGAGAUUAGUAGGACAUUUGCACUUAAUGAACUCACAGGAGAAAUUAAAAUAAUUAGGGAACUAGAUUUUGAAAAAAUUAUGUCAUAUGAGCUGGAUAUUAAGGCCUCUGAUGGAGCAGGUCUUUCUGGCAAAUGCACUGUCAUAAUAGAGGUGGUGGAUAUAAAUGACAACACCCCAGAACUGACUAUGGCUUCACUUAUAAGCUCGAUCCCAGAAAAUUCCCCUGAGACCACCAUAGCUCUUUUCAGUAUUCAAGACCGAGACUCCGGGGAAAAUGGGAGGAUGUUUUGUUCCAUCCAGGAAGAUGUUCCGUUCACUCUAAAACCUUCCCUUGAGAAUUUCUACAAGCUAGUAACAGAAGGAGCGCUGGACAGAGAGAGCCAGGCGGAGUACAACAUCACCAUCACCGUCAGUGACUUGGGGACCCCCAGGCUGAAGACCCAGCACAACAUCACCGUGACGGUCUCCGACGUCAACGACAACGCCCCCGCCUUCAGCCAGACCACCUACACCCUGCGCGUCCGCGAGAACAACAGCCCCGCCCUGCACAUCGGCACCGUGAGCGCCACCGACAGGGACGCGGGCGCCAACGCCCAGGUCACCUACUCGCUGCUGCCGCCCCGGGACCCGCACCUGCCGCUCGCCUCGCUGGUGUCCAUCAACGCGGACAACGGGCAGCUGUUCGCGCUCAGGUCCCUGGAUUACGAGGCGCUGCAGGCCUUCGAGGUCCGCGUGGGCGCGGCCGACCGCGGCUCGCCCGCGCUGAGCAGCCAGGCGCUGGUGCGCGUGCUGGUGCUGGACGACAACGACAACGCGCCCUUCGUGCUGUACCCGCUGCAGAACGGCUCUGCGCCCUGCACCGAGCUGGUGCCGCGGGCGGCCGAGGCGGGCUACCUGGUGACCAAGGUGGUGGCGGUGGACGGCGACGCGGGCCAGAACGCCUGGCUGUCGUUCCAGCUGCUCAAGGCCACGGAGCCCGGGCUGUUCGGCGUGUGGGCGCACAACGGCGAGGUGCGCACGGCCCGGCUGCUGAGCGAGCGCGACGCGGUCAAGCACAGGCUGCUGGUGCUGGUCAAGGACAAUGGCGAGCCGCCGCUGUCGGCCAGCGUCACGCUGCACGUGCUGCUGGUGGACGGCUUCUCGCAGCCCUACCUGCCGCUGCCGGACGUGGCGGCGGCCGAGGCCCGGGCCGACCCGCUCACCGUCUACCUGGUCAUCGCCUUGGCGUCCGUGUCGUCGCUCUUCCUGUGCUCGGCGCUGGCGUUCGUGGCGGUGCGGCUGUGCAGGAGGAGCGGGGCGGCGUCGGGGGGUGGCUGCGCGGUGCCCGAGGGCCACUUUCCGGGCCACCUGGUGGACGUCAGCGGCGCGGGGACCCUGUCCCAGAGCUACCAGUACGAGUGUAUCAGAGAAGAAUCUGGGACCAGGGAAUUUAAGUUCUUGAAGUCUGUUGUCUUCACCUAACAGAGGUCUGUGAAUGACGUGGAGGAAAACCUAAAUUUUGUAAAUAGUUUGAUUCAAUUAGGAAUUUGGAUGAAGGUUAGUUCCUUCUAAUUUUGAUAGGUCCCCCUUACUGGUUUUGGUCCAUAUAGAAUUUACUCUUUACUCUUUUUAUCAUUUGUAUUUUGAUGGAGACACAAAAUUUUCAACUUUAUUGCAUUACUGAAAAGUGAACAUGUGUUGUAUUUGUCAACUUUUCAUUAUCAAGCACUGUUGAUUUGAAGAUGACCCCAGCCCCACCCUUUAUUUGAUUAUUAUAUGGAAACUCUAAAUCUUUGAUAUUGUGGUUAGGAAGCAUCAUAAUAUUAAUAAAAUGAAUAUUAGUAUAUAGCUUCUGUUUCAUCUGAUAUUAAGCCUGUCUUAAAUUAAGUGGAGAAAUGUCUGCAAAAAUUGCAUUUUUUUCACACUAGUAGUAAGUAGAAAGGCUAUAAUUCCUUCCAUAUGUAAAGGCUUUUCCUCUAGAAAGGCUAUAAUUUCUUCCAUAUGUAAGGGCUUUUCCUCUAUAUCAGCCUUCAGUAUAUCAAUCUAUGACUAUUAUCAAAAAAUUAUUACAUUAUUUCAAGAUUUUUAAAUGAUAGAUCCCUAUAAUGUCUUGUCUAGUGUACCCAUAAUUUUCAGGAACCUUCUCUCUUCAGUAGAUAUGUACUGUUGCAUCCAUGUUCAUUUUAUUUGAUUCAUUUUCCUCUGUUUUCAGACAGUCAUCCAAGGUGGUAUUGCUAAUCCAUGCUGAGCAAAAUCUCUUUUGUUUAAAAAAAUGGCUUUACUCGGUGUCCAUCAAAAGAUGAAUGGAUAAAGAAAAUGUGGUUUAUGUAUACAAUGGAAUAUUACUCAGCCAUUAGAAAUGACAAAUACCCACCAUUUGCUUCGAUGUGGAUGGAACUGGAGGGUAUUAUGCUGAGUGAAGUAAGUCAAUCGGAGAAGGACAAACAUUAUAUGGUCUCAUUCAUUUGGGGAAUAUAAAAGUGAAAGGGAAUAUAAGGGAAGGGAGAAGAAAUGUGUGGGAAAUAUCAGAAAGGGAGACAGAACAUAAAGACUCCUAA